AUGAGCUACGAGAGGCACAGGUGCCUUGGCCCUGAGGCAGACUGGAAAAGGUCCACCCUGGUGAACGCCAGGUGUCCUGAGCACCUCGCCAGGUGCCCAGCCCAGACCAAGCAAAUGCUCUGGCUCCACCCAGUCCUCAUCAUCGUCAGCCUGGGGUGGCCAGGACCGGAGACGAGACUCAACCAGGGGCUACGUCUGAGUGAAGCUCACGAUGCCUACACGGGCAGCACGCUGGACCUCUGCAAGUGCAGAGGCCGCAUUUGCCUAAGCACACCUUCCCUCUGA